AUGACCAGCAGUGACCGGGAAACGGGGACUUUGCUGUGGACGCCGGGUGGAAACGCGGGCGAGCCCACGGCUCCGCCAGGUCCGCCUCCUCCGGUUUGGGAGCAAGACCCGGUGAUGGUCUGCAGGACCUCACACCUGAGACUUACAUUCACAAGGUUCAAAAUCCACACGCUGCGCCUGGUGGCAGAGGACCUGCCAUCCCCAGGCCCAUCUUUGUCCAGGGGUCAGGACCGCACAGCGGGGCUCCCGGCCACCUCGGGGAGCACGAGCAUCCUGGGCCGGCAGGCAGGCCCAGCACCCCGGCCUCCACAGCUGGGAAGUGAAGACCACCAGCUCUGGGGCCCCCAGGGGGGCUGCCACCCAGACCAGCAGGCCGGUGCCCUGGGCUGUGCUCACUCCGGCCCCGGGAGUCCUGGCCCGCCCGCCCAGCACGGCCGGCGCCCGGGGAGCGUCCCGCCCCGUGACCCCGGCUAUCAGAAAGGUCAUCAGGAAGGCCCCGCCCCCCCGGCCGACGUGCCCGGGAAUCGUCUCAUUGCCUCCUGUUCGUGUAUGUUUUAUCACGUUCCCUCGAGACCCCUCUUACUGAAUGCACCCCGCCCCCACCAGCUGGAUGAGGGGAAGCCACACGAGUUUGGGGAGGGAUUUGCUUUGGACGCAGCGAUGGUCAAAGCCCUUCCACACCGAACCUUACAUGAAGCCAUCUUUAUUGACAUUUCCCGACAGAAGAUCCAGCGCCUCGUGAUGACAAGGACGGGGAAGGCGGAGGAUGACGCCCCGCCGGCCCCGCGACACCCCCCCUCCCCCGGCCUCUCCGCGGGUCCCGCCCCGGGGGCCCCGGGCCCAGACCCCGCGGCCGUCCCAGGUGGGCUGCCCCGCGCUGCUGCCGGGGCGGGCCCGGGCCCCGCGGGCCGCGGCUCUCGGGCACCCACGGAGCCGGGGCUCCCCGAGCUUCUCGUCCCACGACGCGUGCCCCACCGGCGCCUGAGGAGCAGCGAGGGCGCCGUCCUGGUGCGUCCGCGUCCGGCGUGCGGCAGUGCAGGCGGGCCAGACCCUCAAAGAAGUAUAUGCAUAGGAAAAAGGAACGGCGAGCGGCGUGGGCGCGGGUCCGGGAGGGUCCGUCCGGGGCGGCGAGGCGCGGGCACAAGCUGCGGGCGUCCUGUGGGGGCGGGCGGGAGGCAGGGAGGCCGGGAGGCCGGCGGCCUUACCUGGUCAGCCUCGGCCCGGGGUCUCGGCGGGAGCGCGGAGGAGAGCCGCGUGUGCACCGCGGGCUCUGCCCCUGCGGCCGCCGGGCGCCCCUUUAUGCGCGGCCGAGACCUUGGCGGGCGGCGCCGGAGCCGCGGCCUCCCCUGCGGUCCCGGGCCGCGCUGUGCCAAGGACCCCGUCCGCCCCCGCACCUGCCAGAUUGGGGCACAAAGACCCGCUCUGAGCAGGGCGCCCAGCCUCCGGAGGCGGGUGGGCGCUGAGGCCCGCGGGGCCGGGGGCUGCCGGCGGGACCUGGGACGGGGCCAGCCGCGGCCGGCAGCCUCCUCCAGACCUUAUCUCGCGGCGUGCCUCUGCUUGCGUCAUGGCCCAGAACACACACUCGGGGGAGGGACAGCCGCCAGGGAGGGAGCAUCUCUCCCCUCCCCUCCGGGCCUCCUGCCCUGGGCACGGAGCCCCAGGACCCCGGCCCCGGGGAGGCCACCCGGGUGGGACUGGGGCUGCCAGGAGUCCCCCGGGUCCCACACCUGCCCGCUGUGCGCUCAGCUCCGCGCCAGGGCCCUAGGAUGUCUGGAGAAGGACCGGGGUCUGCAGUCUUCGGGGGACACUGCAGGGACAGGCGAGGGCGACAGCAGCCAGGGGACAGCUGAUCGAAGGCCCAAGGCUGCCCACGCAGAGACGCGCACAGACGCACCGCGCCUCUCCCAGGCCCGGGGGCCCCAGGAGGGCCGCUCAGCCUGCUGCCGUGUGUGGAAGUGGCUCACCUCCCUGUCCACCCGCUGGAGGGUGGACAGCUGGGUCCACGUGGAUGAGCGUCCACCACUCAGUUCACAGACAUUUCUGAGCUGCGGGGAAUGGGCCGUCAGGUCCCCUCCCCCGUCCCUGGGGGCCCCUCCCGAGCAGCACCCACAGCUCCGUGCCCCCCCCACCCCCGGGGUGGUGUGCGCCUCCGGGAGCAGGGACAGCUCCCCUCCCUGCCUGAGGGUCCAGAGAGGCCCCUGCACCCUGCCCUCCCUUCGCCCUGAGGCCGGCUCCGGGUGUCUGUGUGGGCCCUGCCGGCCUGGCCCAGCCCUGCUGUCACACCUCCACCGUCGCCUGGACCCCUCGGGGCCGAGCGGUGUGGCUGAGAAGCUGCAGACCCUGGGCCGGGGGGAGGUGCCAGCCCACCCCGGCUCCCGGAGAGCCCAGACCCUCGGGGUCUCAGCCCCUCGAAGCCUUGCUCUGUGGCUCCUGGAGGUGAAGCAGCGGGCUCAGGGCAGCUUCCGCCCAGGGUGGCCGAGGGGAGGGAGGCCCCAGCCGGUGGACGCUCGGGCCGCUCGCUGCGCCACGGGGGCGCCCCAGGUGGCUGCCCUGCUCCCGGGCGCUGCGCGGGGCCUCAGCAGCCCCUUCUGCACUCCGGCCACGGAGCCUGCCGCCACCGUCUGGGGGACCCCGUCAGACUUUUCGAGGAGCCGAGGGGAGCAGGGCACACUGGGUCCAGCCCCCUCCCCAAGUGGUGAGGACGGUCCCCGCCGGGCAGACACAGCGGCUGGAUUCCGGGGGGGCUGGACGAGGGACUGGGGUCCAGCUCCUGCGGGGUCCCGCGCCCCUGAACCUGCGACUGGCGGCCACCCCCCCCCACCGUGGGAAGCCUUCCCGUUUGCCGACUCUGGCACCCACACAGGUCCGGGCACUGUGUCCUGGGCCCGGUCACCUGGGGCAGGGCCCCUGCUGUGUCCAGCCAAACCAGGGCGCUGUGGCCCCCGCGCGUGGCCCUUGGAACACAGAACACGCUGGGCCCGGCCCUCCCUCUGCCCACAAGACAAGAAAGUAUCCUUGCUGGCCCUGGAGGACGUGCUUGGCAGGAGUUGA